AUGGAGACUGCCGAGUUGGGCCUCAAUAUCUUCCAAGUCAUCCAAAACGAACUUAUUCAGCGUGAAGGCAACCGAUCUACACUAGGUCUUGGUGUUCGCCUCGCCAUACUCGAAGACAGACUCAAGAACCAAGACGCACGGAUAAAGAAUGGUUUACUAUGGAGACCCUACCACGCAAUCUCCCCCAUUUCUGCACCUACGCCAGAAGCCAGAGCCGCCGUCGAAGCACAAAGGAAACGUCUCCUGGAAAGAAAAGGUGCAAAGCCAACAAAGGAUGACAAAGACCCGACGAUGCACGUCCGAGAUGAUGAGCUUUGGGCGGUUCAUCGUCAUUUUCCGCGGACUGUGCUCGAGUUCAAGGAACUUCAAUUCCAUCCUGACUGGGUACGAAGCUUACUCGAAUUUUAUUCCGUCAAGGUCUACCGGCCAGACAUGAGGCCGGUGGUUAUAGACCCGGCUGACCGCCUGAUCGACGUUCAACAAAACCUCGAGACGUGUCUUGAGGAGUUGGCCAUGACCUGGGGGCUCAACUGGUUCCGAAUAGGGGGCCUAGCUCUACCUGGUCCAGCUCAUCCUUUUCCGAAUCCUUGA